AGCACGUGAUAUGGAAUUGUCACAGCAGGCUGUUUGAUGUCCCUUCGGUGGUUUGUCAUCCACACUGUCGUGAUUGACAUGUCAAGCAUAUUCUUGGCGAAGAAGAUUCAGAUUGCUGAUUCUGUGUUUCCCCAGGACUGCAUUCGUCACCGUCGCAUGUCUCGUCUGGAUAUUCUCUGUAGAUCGCACAUCCCAACAAGUACAAGUCAACAAGCAACUACAUUCGGAACAGCAUGAUAUUCGGUUCGUCGGCUCGUUUGAGAGAGACCAAAAUUGCGCAAAACGAAUUGAAUGAAAAGAAAAAGUCCUCUGACAUCCUGCCUACAUAAGAGUCGCAGGAGGUUUCAACAUCGCAAGGCAUCCUUUCUCCUGAUAUCAUUAUCUUGACUUUGUAUUACCAUUGCUCCUACAAUGUAUUACAGAUAGAAGACGGAAGAUGCCAUAGCAUGGUGGAGUUCUUGUAAGGCUUCAUCUUCUUAUCUAUUUCCGUACUCGUUUUUUUUUGCAUGACUACAUUUGUGAGAAUAUUGUUCAUUUGUUGAUGAUUCGAAAAAGUAGUUGGAAAAACUUUGUGAAAAAAAAAUAACUUCUUCACAAUCCGUCUUACUUUCGAUUGGCGACGCAACGGCGCAAUUUAGAACUACAACUUGUUCCGUCCUGACUACAAAUUAAGUACCACACAGAAGCGCAAGCAGUUCGUCAAAGAGAACUACACCUGAGUUUCAGUCUUGAUUUGCAGGCAGCAUCGACACAUCCAAUCUGAAUUGCGCCCGCGUCUUAUAGAUACAAUAGCGCGCAUAGCACCCCGAAGAAAAGGCCGUUAUUGUCAUAGUAGCGUCCGCUAAGCGCGCAUAUAAUAUUCGAUCAGUCUUCGUUCGCUACUUGCGCUCGGCUUUCUGCGUACACGCGGCAUGCACACGGCAAGGCCUACAGCAACGCAGACGAGUUGUGACGUGAAGAAGCUAGGUCGUAGCACUGGAUCAAAAAAAUGGAUAGAAUAACUCCGGUUCUGAAAAAGCACAACUAUGUGCCGCUUAAGAAAGUGGGAUCAGGGUCUUUCGGACAAGCUUGGCUUGUGGGACAAGAGGAAAAUGGAUCGCAAAAGAACUACGUGUGCAAAAUGGUACUGCCAGAUUACUUACUUGUUUUGUUAAGUGUUUAGUAAGGGUGUUCUUCCGAUGACGUUGCUUCGCUGUAAGCCGCGUAACUAGAUUGACAAGUACAAGUCAUUUACUUAGUCUUCAUCUUCUCACAUCUUACAUCAAGUCUCCAUUUUCAUACAAGCCUUUGUAAUCACUUUGCAGAUCGACAUUAGCAGAUGUACGCAGAAGGAGAAAAAGGAUGCUUUGCACGAAGCUUCAGUACUGAAGACGCUCCAGCAUCCGUAUGUGGUACUAAACUACUUUAUGGUCGUUGUAAUUGGUUUCUACUUGAUUUUCACCGCUAGAGCUACAGCACGUGGUACACAUACAGCCUAUUUUGCUUCGUAGUUCUAUCAUAUAUUUAUCAAUGACACCACAAUCUACAUCUUCUUGGAAAGCGGACGAAGGGAUAUGGUAUUACCAUACGAUUAGAGGAGGAGCCACUUGUUUUUUUCGUUCGCGACGCUUUCAAAGCAAAAGGAAUGUUUUGCACUGAUAAAGAUUCCGGUUCUUGCACCAUUCGUUUAAUAUUCACUUCUAUGCAUUGUUUCAUUUCACUUUAUUAGGUCCGGUAUAAAGAGAGCUUUUUGGAGAACGGAUGGUUGUGCAUCGUGCAAGAAUAUUGUGAGGGUGGCGAUUUGUAUCAAAGAAUCCAAAAAGCGAAGAAGCUGCACCAACCCUUCGGCGAGGAGCAGAUUCUACGAUGGUUCACGCAGUGCAUGCUGGGCCUCAAGUUUAUCCACGAAAAGCACAUUCUACAUCGCGACCUCAAAAGCAGCAACUUUUUUCGUACAAGAUCUUCUUCUGCAUUUCAUUGUUCUACUUAGGUUAGAUAAUUCUUACUCGUAUAUAUUCCACUCUAGUACUUACUUUGAUUUGCGACGAAAUUCAUCUCAUGGUGCUGAAGUAGUUCUUGCUAAGGAUAUCAAAUCAUGUCAAUGUGCUGCUGAAGACACAUCCGAGCAACUCUACUUUCAGUUUCAAAAACCGGCGAUAUCAAGAUGGGAGAUUUUGGCAUCGCGAAAGUGCUGGAAUCAACUGCCGCGGUAGCCAAGACGCAGAUUGGUAAGUAUUACACUUGCAUGAUCUGACAGCAGUUCAUGACAGAAAAAUGUGAACCACUAAGGUUUAUCCGUUGUACAAUCGCUUUGGACAGGCAGGAAUAUUAAGCGAACCGUUGUAGCAGAAGUCAAACUACCUGGACGAUUUAUUACCGGUUCAAUUUUCUUGUUCAUCUUUGAUUUUUUCAGGUACACCAUACUAUUUAUCACCGGAGAUAUGUCAAGAAAAAGCGUAUGCUUGGCCCUCGGAUAUAUGGUCCAUGGGUUGCAUUUUGUACGAAAUGUGCUGCUUGAAAGUGCCCUUUGACGCCGCAGACCUCAGAGCACUAGUGCACCGAAUCACAAGGGGUCCGACGCCAAGCCUUCCUACACAGUACUUUUUGGAAACUGCUUUUAGAUUUGGAAUGUGGAUGAGACUGGGAAAUGAUCAUUGAUAGGAUAAUGUAGGUCUAGGACGAAAAACAAAGAGAGGAGAAAAGACGACUGCCAAUAUUCAUGAGCAUUAUUUUCGUGAUUGCAAAUGUCACUUAUUUUCUCAAGAACAUGAUUUACAGUUUCUCUCCUGCUGUCCGGGGCCUAGUUUCAGAGAUUUUGGUGCGGGAUCACACACGAAGGCCAACUGCGGCGGUGAUAUUGAGUCGCGCGGUCCUUGCCGACCGCGUGCGACAGCUUGAGUCGGAGCAAGCCGCGGCGGAAAGCAGCGCCCCAUCUGUCGGUGGACAGGAGAAAUCAAAGAAUGACGAUAUUAGCGAAAUUCAGCAGAAGCUUCUGAAGGACGGAGGGAAUAAGGUCGCGAAGGCUGGCGGCGCAGCAGGCGCAGGGGGAGGCGCAGCAGCGGUGCCAGGUCCCUACGGUAGCGAUGCAGGGAAGUAUGUGAAGAACCAGAUCGUAGAAUAUUGGUCGGAGACGCACAAAGAGUGGCUCCCAGCGCAGAUCACAGCGGUAGACUCAGAAGGCCGAAUUCAAGUACACUGCAAACCAAACGCAUGGCUCUCGCUCGGAGUGCAAGCACAGAAGGUACUUGGUUACGGACGUCUACUUUUGCCCACUUCAUCUUGACUGGAACGCCACUAUGUCGCAUAGACACGACGAUCUCAUCUUACCAAUAACUGAUUGUUGAUGAUAAAAACAUAGGUGCGCCCCAAGAAGGAUGAGCCAUCGUCCGCGAAAGACAACAAGCCACGACCGCCCGCUAUCCCAGCUGUUGUUGAGCAGCACAAGCCUGGCGGGGGGCGUUCAUCUAGUUACAACACUCCACGCUAUCACGGUGCCGCGACUCCUCCAGUUUAUCACCGGCAGCAGACACCUCCGCUGAAUAACUAUCCACCUGCGGGUGCGCGCAUAGGCUCGCCUUCGCCCUUCGGUCGCGCUGGAACUCCAAGACUGGCUUACGGCGUGAACCGCUACACUCCUCGUGGAGGACAGGGAACACCCCGAGCGGCGUCCCCGAUGAACAGGCCGCCAUGGCAGAACCACAGUCCGCGCAGCUACUCCGGUAGCCGUAUCUACUAGUCGGGUCGCACUAGUAAAUAAACCGUGCGCGUCGUGGGCGUGGUCUCCGUCUUCGUCCUUUUCGAAAACUCGAAGAUGAAAAGAAACGCUCCAUGACUUUCCGAUUCGUUGUAAAGAUUGCUAAAAGUCUCUGUCUCUGCAUCUAUUCGUCUUCUUAAGUAGUCCUUACGCUAGAAGAGAAAAGUUUCAGUCUAAGAAUACGCUAGAUUUUUCCUUCACCCAUAUUGAUAGAAAUGACACCUCUUCUUCGCAUAAAAUGAAAGAUAUAUAUAGUCAAUCGUCUUGGUGGCAAGACCAAGAGUAGUACAACUACUUUCUUAGUCUUAUCUCUGUCUCAACAAGAUGGCAAUACGUUCUUCGGAUGGCAUAAAAAUGACGUUGUAAAUCUAAGCAAGAACAAAAGCUGUGCUCCCGCUACAUAAAGUAGUGUAUGACAGAAAAUUUACAGAUCCGAUGAAGAUGUCGCUCUCGCUCAUACUUGUUAAUUCUUGCUGUCAGGAGUCAGUAUCCUCUUACGACUAGAAUCAAUUCAGAACUUGUUUUUUCGGUUAUAUUUAUAAAUAUAUAAUUAUCGCCAUCAACUUUGUCGUACGGGUUCUGGUAGCUGAUGUCAUCGUAGUUUUUCUGUCAAUAAAAUGAAACCACUGAUGAUUCUUGGCAAUUAGCCCUUCCCAGGGUUAUGAACAGGACAAGAGUAUCAAGAUAUUUUUCUUAAAUUGCAACUUCAUUCCAAGCAGUCCAACUACACUAAAAAAGAUGUAUUUGGGUCGCAUUUAGUUGAUAGAAGUACUAACAAAUGCUUCUGGUCGAUCUAUGUUUAUUAGAAGGGACUUCGAUGUUCUUAGUUUGAUCGCUUAUCUCCAAAACGAAUACCUCCCAUGAGAAAACAGUAGUCUUAGGUGUAGUUGAAGAAUGUCAUUCUUAGAAUGAAGUAGAUGAGUACUAGAUUGGUAUAGAAAGAAGUUUAGUAGAAUUUUAUGUUUGUUGUUCUCAAUCCCUAUUCCUUCUGUUCUUGAUUCUUGUAGUUCGGUAGAUAGAUCUAUUUUUAGGCACAUAGAAGAUGAUACGAUUACGAUGUAGUGCUAUUGAUAUCUUACUUGUGUACAGAAGCAGCAAGGCGCAGUAUUAUGUUCCUCAUAGACACUAUCCUUGAAUGUAAUGGUGCACAUAAUUUGUCAUAAAAGGUAUGAUCUGUUCAUUUUUUUCAUGUGCACAUUCGCUUUCCAACUGAAUGGUGUCGUCAUUCGUCUAUCACACGAAAUGAACAGCAGUAACGCUAAAAGAUAAGUAAGAGCAUAGACUAAGAUAUAUUGCUGUUGAGUUCUUCGAGGAUGUUCAUAGGUGGCUAGAAACCUCUUGUUUUGAUUCUCAAUGUACUCGCGGUCGUUGUAAUAUUUCUGACUUUGAAUCGUCCCCAUUCCCGCGUGGUGGCUCGAGGAUCCCCGAACUGGAAUUCUGUCCUAUUUUGAGCAGGAUUUGAACACGGAGAAUACGAAUAGCCUGAUGAAAAUAAUUGCAGCGAGAUGAUUAUAUUUAUAUAAAUAUUCUUACCAGCCAGAGCCACAAAGAUGAAGAUCAUCUCGUCCCUAGGAAAAUGACAAAGAUAAAUCGCACAUUCCUAUCAGAACUAUCACUAUCAGGCUGCUGCGCUGUGACAGAGCCAGCGGUGAGGAUGAAUCGACAGAGCAAUGUUGAUAUGGGAGCUAGAAACAAACAUCAUCGUUUUCUCUCCCGGUACUUCCUCUUCGACAGUUCUUUCCCAUCUAGAUCAGCUUCACUCUCAAACUUAUCUUCCGCGGCGAGACUUACUAGGAGGCCCAGAGCAUGAAGGGUGAAGAGGUUCGAGAAUUUGCGUGAUCAGUGGACUCAUCUUCUAGCCGCGUCAUCCGAAGUGGGCCGUGAAACCGAACAGACCUACGCGUUAUCUCUCGCGAAGUACAAUGUGUGCGUACAGGAGUCAACGCAGAUUUUUUGC